UUUUUCUUUCUUCUAUCUACUUUGUGCUGUUUUUGCUACUUUCUUCAUGGCAGGUUAUCAUAGCGAGUACCCUCCCUAUGUUUGGGAGUUCGUGGAAUCAUGUCAAAUAUUCGCUCAGAUAACGACAACAGCACAGGACCAAGGAGAUCCGAGGUUUCCCGAAAUGUUCACAAUUCUUCAGCGAAUGAUCGAGACACUGAGUCAAAUGAUUAAGGAAAGCAUGAAUCAGCACGUACAUCCAAGGUGUGAGGACUGUGGUGGACCGCAUCGGUACGAAGAUUGUCCGAUUUACGUGAAUCAGAAGAAAAAUCAAAGUACAAUACGCUUUACAUGGGAUGAUUACUAUGCUGAUAAUAUUGACUUUGAGAGCUAUGAAGGGGUGAAGGAAGAAGAAGUUGAGGAAGAACAGGUUAAAGAAGAGCUUCCCGGUGAUCCAGAGUUGUCAGAUGUAGAAUUGGAGAUGACAACGGACGAUUCAGUCCCACCUUCGGUUCAACAGGACGUGACGCCUAAUUGGUAUUCCACGCCAUGGUAUUAUGGUCCUGAACCCACUGAUUACGACUUCUGGAAUGAUGGUGGUGGGGAAGACGUGAAAGAGCCACUUGACAAGAUGGAGAAUGAGAGAGAGAUGCAUAUACCAUCUUGGGAGGAGGAGUUUGGUGAUGAGUUGGUUGGUUUACCAACACUUGUAGAAGAAGAAUUUGACCAUGUUGGUGAUAUUAUGUAUUUAGAGACUUUACUUGUGGAGAAGCCAACAAUGGAGAUCAAACAAGCACCAAACGAUGAAGAAGAAGAUGAAGUGGCUGAGGAAUUUGAUGGUUGGCCAGUGGAGAAGUUAGAAGAUACAUCACCACCACAAUUACUAACACGGGAGAAGCAACGGAGAAGCUUGGACCAACAUAGUCUGAGGGUGCAGAGAUGGUACAAAAGGAAGCAUAAUGGAACAUUGAAGUGCGGAGACAACCACCAUCCUCACUAUAUGUCACAUAUCAGGUUUGGUCCAGGUAAAUUUAAAUUUUGGUGGCGCGACCCGUUUGCAUGUCUUAAGAUAUUUUAUAGUUUCAUCAUUAAUUUCUUAAUAAACAAUGAUGAACAAUUAAAAUUGAACGGGUUAGACCGAGGUUGGAUAAAGGAGAAACCUCCUGAUUAAGUUUAAGUGUGGGGAGGUUUUGUAGAGUUUGUAUAGAGUUGUAGUUUUUCAGUCAGUUUUUGUUUAGAGUCGGUAUUGCUUUGGUUUUUGCUUGUUUUUUGUUUAUGCAGGUUUGAUUUUGGAGCUGCUUUUCGAAUAUCAUGCAUUUUCCAAGUAUACCAAUUAGAGUCAAAGCCGAUCCCGAAUGGAAUGCUAUACGAUCGAGCUGGAUUGGACGAGAGUUAUGGAUCAUACGCGUUAUAAAACCAGCUAAGCCCUUUCCAA